GCCGUAGGUGUCAUAUGGAAGAUGGCGGCGUCCAGGGGAGGCUGAGGGCUCUGGGAGCGUGGUGAAAGGUUUCCGUACAGCCCCAGCGGCUUGCGGCUUAGGGAUUUUUUCGCUGUUUCCUGCUUUCUGGUUUCGCUGCGCGUGUCCUCCCAGGUCCCGCGGCGCGAUGUGGAGGAGUUGCCUUCGGCUGCGAGGCCGUGGGCACUACCUCCUGAACCGGCCCCCUAGUGACCCUAUCAUCUCAGCGAGUCCGGGGCCAAGUCCCCAGCCCCCGGUCCGGACCUACGCUCCCCCGACAGAAAGGAAGAGGUUUUAUCAGAAUGUCAGCAUCACACAGGGUGAAGGUGGCUUUGAGAUAAAUCUGGACCACAGGAAGCUGAAAACUCCCCAAGCCAAGCUCUUUACGGUCCCCAAUGAGGCCUUGGCUAUCGCAGUGGCCACCGAAUGGGACUCCCAGCAGGAUACCAUCAAGUUCUACACCAUGCACCUGACCACAUUGUGCAACACAUCCUUGGACAACCCAACCCAACGCAACAAGGAUCAGCUGAUCCAGGCAGCUGUGAAGUUUCUGGACACUGACACCCUCUGCUACAGAGUGGAAAAGCCAGAGACAUUAGUGGAACUUCAAAAGAAUGAAUGGGAUCCAAUCAUAGAAUGGGCCGAGAAAAGAUAUGGUGUGAAGAUUGGCUCCUCCACCAGCAUAAUGGGACCUAGCAUCCCUGCACAGACGCAGGAGGUGCUCACCAGCCACCUGGCAUCUUACAACAUGUGGGCCUUACAAGGGAUUGAGUUUGUAGUGGCCCAACUCAAGUCCAUGGUGCUGACCUUGGGUCUGAUUGACCUACACCUGACUGUGGAGCAGGCUGUGCUGCUGUCACGCCUAGAGGAGGAAUACCAGGUGAGGUGCCACAUCUUGGGUCCCCAUCUCACCCCUUCCUAAUACACACCAACCUAU